UAGUUCACUCACCGUUUGAAACACAUUAAGAGACGCAACCAGGACGAUCUCUCAGCAAAAGCGCAUUUCCUCUGCUUUUGCAAGUUUUUGAGAAGUGGGAUCUCGACCGUCUUCCUUCGUUUCCAUCCAGCAGGUUUCGCUCAGCACAAUAAAAGCUGUCAUCAUGGCGUUAAUGACACUUCCGUUGAUCGGAGCGCUGUCGGUGUUCGAGGGCUUGCUGGUGGUGACGACGCUGUGCGUGGUGUUCCUGAUCCUCAAGCACGGGCGUAGCGACGUCCCCGCGGGGCUGCGGGCGCUGCCGGGCCCCAGCCCGCUGCCCAUCAUCGGGAACAUGCUGGCCGUCGGCAGCCGGCCCUACCUGAGCCUCACCGAGAUGAGCCGGCGCUACGGAGACGUGUUCCAGAUCCAGCUGGGCAUGCGGCCCGUGGUGGUGCUGAGCGGCAACGACACGGUCCGGCAGGCGCUCACCAAGCAGGGCGACGACUUCGCCGGCCGGCCCGACCUGUACAGCUUCCAGUUCAUCAACGACGGCAAGAGCCUGUCCUUCAGCACGGACAAGGCGGGCGUGUGGCGCGCCCGCAGGAAGCUAGCCUACAGCGCGCUGCGCUCCUUCUCCACCCUGGAGGGCUCCACGCCCGAGUACGCCUGCGCCCUGGAGGAGCACGUCUGCAAGGAGGCCGAGUACCUGAUCACGGAGCUGCGGGCCGCCAUGCACGCCCAGGGAAGCCUGGACCUGUUCCGCUACGUGGUGGUGUCCGUGGCCAACGUGAUCUGCGGGAUGUGCUUCGGCCGGCGCUACGACCACCACGACCAGGAGCUGGUGGGGCUGGUCAACCUCACCGAGGACUUCGUCCGGGUGACGGGCAGCGGGAACCCCGCCGACUUCAUCCCGGCCCUGCAGUACCUGCCCAGCAAAUCCAUGAAGAAGUUCGUGGAACUCAACAACCGCUUCAGCAGCUUCGUGCAGAAGAUCGUCACCGAGCACUACGCCACCUACGACAAGGACAACAUCCGUGACAUCACAGACUCGCUCAUCGACCACUGCGAGGACCGAAAACUGGACGAGAACUCCAACAUCCAGAUGUCGGAUGAGAAGGUUGUUGGGAUCGUCAACGACCUGUUUGGAGCUGGAUUCGACACCGUCUCCACGGCUCUGUCCUGGUGUGUCAUGUAUCUGGUGGCGUAUCCAGACAUAGAGAAGAGGCUGUUUGAGGAAAUUAAGGAGAAAGUGGGACUGGAGCGCAUGCCCGCUCUCUCCGAUAAAACCAACCUACCCCUUUUGGAGGCGUUCAUCCUGGAGAUCUUCCGCCAUUCUUCAUUCCUGCCCUUCACAAUCCCCCACUGCACGUCCAAAGACACGUCUCUGAACGGAUACUUCAUCCCCAAAGACACCUGCGUCUUCAUCAACCAGUGGCAGAUAAACCGCGACCCCGAGCUGUGGGAGGACCCGUCCGCCUUCAACCCGGACCGUUUCCUCAGCGCCGACGGCACCGAGGUCAACAGGCUGGACGGGGAGAAGGUGAUGAUCUUCGGCCUGGGACGGCGGCGCUGCAUCGGCGAGGUCAUCGCCAGAAACGAAGUCUACCUCUUCUUAGCAAUCAUCAUCCAGAAGCUGCACUUUGAGAAGUUACCGGGGCAGGAGCUGGACCUGACGCCCGAGUACGGGCUCACCAUGAAGCACAAGCGCUGCCACCUGAGAGUCGCUGUGCGGGGGGACGGGGACCAGUGAAGGGUUUGUAAAAGGGACACGAUACCGACCGUGGCUUUUAACGGUGAGAGUCGGUGAAAUAAGACUCUUUCCAAGACCGCAAGACGCUAGAUAUCAACAUUUAUUGAGCUUAUUGUAUUUGGAAAACAAAUCAAAUGUGCUCAAUGCAGAUUUGCAGCGAUAUCCAGGUCUGUGUAGCAUAGUUGCUGCUUCUCAGUGAAGUUUAAGGAGACGUUUUGUUCUCUAAUCCAAAAAGCUAUCGUUCAGAAGCGAUGAGACGUACGCUGAGGUUUGUCCGGCUUCGGGACGAGGAGUGUGUUUGACUAUGAAGGGCAUUGCAAACGAUAUUUUGUCUGUGACACAAUACUCUGAAGUGAAGAGAUAUUACUGUUGAAUAUUUUUCAUAUGUGUAAGCUAAUUGGUUCCAGUUCAUUUUACUGUCGACGUCAAUGCUGAAGCUGUUUGUGUAUCCCAAGAUGUGAUUAUCUGUUUUUUUCUUGUAUAUCAGGAUCUUCAUUUUGUGUAGGUUCGUUUUUGUGAACGAAGCCUUUGUUUAUAUUUGAGAUGAAAUACUUUAAUGUGUAUCAAGAAGAUUUAUCACUGUGGCUCAAAUGAUUGUGGAAUUUAUUACUAAGCUAUUCAAUUUCAUAUCCUUAAUGUAUCAAAUGCUGUAAAACAUUUAAGGGUGUGUAGUCAGAGAAUCUUUUUUAUUGAAAACAAUAAUUAAAAAAAACUAAAUACUGAU